UUCUUCUCUUCUGAACCGUGAAGAGCAGAAAUAUUCCCUAGAAACAAUUUCACAUCUUCAAGGGAAAUCUUAACCAAAUCAUAUUUAACGGGAUCAAGAUAUUAUGGGACGAUAUCAAAAACCGAAAUCAUCUCCUCAAGAUUUCUCUAAGUUGCCUGAAAGGCCGACGAAAAAGUCAUCAGCAUCAAUUCGAAGAGGCGAUCGACGUCGUAAUGAAGAUAUUGUGGAAGAGGUAGACAAAGAUAAUGUGGAAGAGAGUGAUAAUGCUAGUGAGUAUAGUAGCGAGGACAGUAGGAACGAUGGUAGUGACAAAGAUAUUGUGGAAGAGGUAGACAAAGAUACUGUGGAAGAUGAUAACAAUGAAGAAGAGUUUGAUGAAGAAAGUAGUGAUGAGGAUAAUGAAGAUAAUUUAGGAGAGGCUGAUGCUGGAAGAGCUUCUUCUAGUGAAAAAGGAAAAAAGGCAGUUGAAGCAGGUGAAAUCCCCGGGCAACCUAUUAAUCCACGCCUUCUAUCAUAUUAUAAAGACCACAUUGCGCGAUCAGUGUGGGAAAAUGAGAAUCCAAGAGAAAAUCCGACACCAUUGCUUAAACUCCAUCAACACCAAGAUAUGGUAAAAAAAAAAAUGGCUUAUUGAUAAAGAGUGUGUUGAAGUUCAAGAAUAUGUAAAAAAAAGCGGUUUGUAUUCUUUAAUCAAGUAUGGCCAUGAUAAGAUUGAUCGUGCUCUUAUCAAUGCUUUUCGUGAGCGCUGGUAUCCGGAGACCAACACAUAUCACCUGCCUUUUGGUGAGAUGACAAUUACAAUUGAAGAUGUCGAGCGCAUCUCAAGACUUAGUGCUAAAGGAAAAGUGGUUGAAGGAGUGUUUGGGGCGAAGACUAUGACUUGGGAGUACACACGUAUGAUUUGAUAAAAAGAACUCUUGGCAAGACUAAGAAAGAAUUGGUUAAGGAAAAACUUUACAAGUAAAAAGAAUGAUUCAAAGAAGAGGAAAGAGCAAUGUGCUAGAGCAUACCUACUUUAUGUAAUUGGCUCUAUUGUAUGCGGUGAUAAAUCAGGUUCAAGGGUAAAUGCAUAUUUCCUGCAAUGUUUAGAAAAUUUAGAAGAAGUGAAUAGCUACUCGUGGGCUACAGCUUGUUUGGCUUGGAUCUACCAUCAUUUGGGCCAAGGUUCUGGAACUGAGGUGUAUUCCAUGGCUGGUUGUAUGACUAUCCUUCAGGUAUGGAUUUAUGAUCACUUUCCGGUUCUCGAGAGGCAUAGUUUAGUAGGUGGAUAUGAGGAAUGUAAUCCCAGAGCUUCAUUAUACGUACCAAUACAACCGGAAAGAACUCUUGAGUUUGAUUUGGUUGAUUUGCGUGAAAAACUUGAUGACCUUACGGAAGAAAAAGUGACAUGGGAUCCCUAUAAGUCAAUCCGAGAUGGUUCUAUUCACCAGGUUGCUCAUUACACUGGACCGCUUAAAUGUUUUGAUGUGGUUGAGUGGCAUAAUCCGAAUAGAGUGCUAAGACAGUUUGGUGUUAUUCAAGAUAAACCCAAGGGUGUUUUCCUGGACAAAGAAAAGACGGUUUCGAAGCCCAGCAGUUUCAAGUCUUAUUAUGGAAUUCUCGUCUUACCUGGUAAACGAGAAAGUCACAUUUCUCACUCUUCAGACAAAACGAGAAACAAACAAAUGCCUGUUUUUCAGUUGGAGAAUUUUAUGGAAUUCCCAUCUUACCUGGUGGACGAGAAAUCUAUACUUCUCGAUUUCCAGACUGAACGAGAACCAAAAUCACACAUGAUGUCUCAGAUUUUAUUUUGCAUUCACGUUAUAUCUGGUAAACGUGUAAAUGAUAUUUCUCGCUCACCACACAGAACGAGAAACAAAAUUUUCACUUUUUUAUGUUUCUGAAAUUCACGUUGGGUCUGGACAGCGUGAAUUAAUGUUUUCUCGUUCUCCAGACAUAACGUGAAACCAACAAAUCCACUGGUUAUUAUUUUAUGAACCCCACGUUGCCUCUGGACAGCGUGAAAAUAGGAUUUCUCGGCCACCAGAUAAAACGAGAUUCGAAAAGAUAAAUGGUAAAACUCUAUUUAUGCAUUUUU